UUAUUCCUCCAACCACCUUGUGGUUUCCUGAUAGCACGAAUCUGCAAAAUGGACAGCCAAGUUACAACCUCGACUGAGAACUCCAACCCUGUUGUCUUUUUUGACAUCACUCUAGGUGGAGAGCCACUGGGACGUAUCAAGAUGGAAAUCUUUACCAGUAUCACACCCCGAACAGCAGAGAACUUUCGCCAGUUCUGCACAGGAGAAAGCAAGAAUUCCCAAGGACGGCCACAGGGAUAUAAGAAUAGCAAAUUUCAUAGAGUCGUGUGUACAUUACAUAUCCUCAGGGCUAUGUUUCUGGGGCUAAUUGAUACAUUAAAGAUCAAGGAUUUCAUGAUACAGGGUGGUGAUUUUGUCAAUGGCGAUGGCACAGGUUCUUGUACCAUCUAUGGUGCUCCACGAUUUCCAGAUGAAAAUUUCAUUUUGAAGCAUGACCGUCCAGGGCUACUAAGCAUGGCAAAUUCUGGACCCAACACAAACGGUUGCCAAUUCUUCAUUACAACAACUGCGACGCCGUUCCUAAAUAACAAACAUGUGGUGUUUGGACAAGUAGUGGAAGGGAUGGACGUUGUGCGAAUGAUUGAAAACAUUCGCACAACCAGGGAUAAACCCAAUCAAGACGUUACCAUUGUUCAGUGCGGGGAGAUGUGAUACUUGAUCAAUCAACCGGUUCGAACCUAAUAUAUGAAGCUAGGGUGAUUCCUAUAUUC